AUGCUACCAGAAUUGAAUGUUUCAACGGAACCCGCUGAUAUUACAUCUGACACUAAUGAAACAUCUUCGACAAUGUUACCCGAGUUGAAUGUUUCAACUGAACCUGCUAACGUUACUGUUGAUACUAACGAAACGUCUUCGACAAUGUUACCAGAAUUAAAUGUUUCAACGGAACCCGCUAACGUUACAGCUGAUACUAAUGAAACGUCUUCGACAUUGUUACCGGAAUUGAAUGUUUCAACAGAACCUGCUAACGUUACUUUUGAUACUAAUGAAACGUCAUCGACAAUGUUACCAGAAUUGAAUGUUUCGACAGAACCUGCUAAUGUUACUUCUGAUAUUAAUGAAACAUCUUCGACAAUGUUACCCGAGUUAAAUGUUUCAACAGAGCCUGCUAACAUUACAGCGGAUACUAAUGAAACAUCUUCGACAUUGUUACCCGAGUUGAAUAUUUCAACAGAACCUACUAAUGUUACCGCUAAUACUAAUGAAACAUUUUCCACAAUGCUACCAGAAUUGAAUGUUUCAACGGAACCUGCUAACAUAACAUCUGAUACAAAUGAAACAUCUUCGACAAUGUUACCGGAAUUGAAUGUUUCAACAGAACUUUCAAACGUUACCGCUGAUAUUAACGGGACGUCUUCGACAAUGCUACCAGAAUUGACUGUUUCAACGGAACCUGCUAACAUUACAGCUGAUAGUAAGGAAACUUCUUCGACAAUGUUACCCGAGUUGAAUGUUUCAACAGAACCCGCUAAUGUUACUGCUGAUAUUAAUGAAACAUAUUCGACAAUGUUACCCGAGUUAAAUGUGUCAAAUAAACCUGCUAACGUUACUGUUGAUACUAAUGAAACGUCUUUGACAAUGUUACCAGAAUUAAAUGUUUCAACGGAACCCGCUAAUGUUACUGCUGAUAUUAAUGAAACGUCUUCGACAAUGUUACCGGAAUUGAACGUUUCGACAGAACCUGCUAAUGUUACUGCUGAUAUUAAUGAAACAUCUUCGACAAUGUUACCCGAAUUAAAUGUUUCAACAGAGCCUGCUAACAUUACAGCGGCUACUAAUGAAACAUCUUCGACAUUGUUACCCGAGUUGAAUAUUUCAACAGAACCUACUAAUGUUACCGCUGAUACUAAUGAAACAUCUUCGACAAUGCUACCAGAAUUGAAUGUUUCAACGGAACCUGCUAACAUAACAUCUGAUACAAAUGAAACAUCUUCGACAAUGUUACCGGAAUUAAGUGUUUCAACAGAACUUUUAAACGUUACCGCUGAUAUUAACGGGACGUCUUCGACAAUGCUACCAGAAUUGACU